CCGCGUGACUCAGGCCUCUGAAGGUGAAGGGCAAGAGCGGCAGCGAGGCUCCCAGAAGUGGUGCCUCCCAAGGGCUUCGGGCACGUUCUACGAAUAACCCAGACGGUAUUCACUUUCCCCUGCUCCCAGAAGUUGGGCCUGUCUUUUGGAAAGAAAACAUCAAGCAUUUUUAGCAUGAAUUUGGAAACGAUUUUUGAUGAUCUCAAGAUGAAGUCUAUGAAGGACCAGCCAGAUCAGAAGUCAUUUGGAAAAAAAGUUAAAGGUCUCCGUUUUCUUUCUUCUCCGUGCUGGUGCCCUGCUGCCAUGACACUGGGCAUCCUUUGCCUGGGCUUAUUGGUGACUGUUAUAAUGCUGAAGAAGCAAAUAUUCCAGAUAUCUGACUUCCUAGAGCAAUAUCAAGCAAAUGUUACUCACCAGGAAAAUAUCCUGGAAGGACAGCUCUUAGACUAUCAGCAGGCAAAAAAAGAUUCUCAGAAUUCCCAGAAGGAACUCAGAGAAAUAAUAGAUACCCUUUACCAGAAGCUGGAUGAGGGAUACAAAGAGAAAGAGGAACUUCUGCAGCAGAACUUGGAUCUCCAAGAAGCUCUGUCAAGAAAGGAAAACUAUUCAGGUCCUUGUCCCCAGGACUGGAUCUGGCACAGAGAAAGCUGCUACUUAUUUUCCUCUGGACUCUUUAAUUGGGAAUCAAGCAGAAAGAACUGCUCAGCUUUGGGUGCCCAGUUGCUGAAAAUUAAGAACAUGAAUGAUCUGAAUUUCAUCCAUCAAAUGAUCUCCCAUUCUAACCUCCCCUUCUGGAUGGGACUGACUCUGAGGAUGCCCAACUAUUCUUGGAUGUGGGAGGAUGGGUCUCCUUUGAGGCCGCACUUGUUUAAACUUCGAGGUGCUUUUGCUCAUAUGUACCCUUCAGGGACUUGUGCAUAUAUACAAUGGGGAGAUAUAUUUGCUGACAACUGCAUUUUAGUUGCAGCCCAUAUAUGCCAGAAGGCAGCAUAUCUAUUGUGAAUAAAUUUGAAGAUGCUGGAAGAAAAGAGGAAGGUCUUUGAAUUUUUCCUGGACUGUGAGCUAUUUUUUACCUUUUAAGCAAAGCACAGCAGCUUUGAGAACUGACAGUUACGAGCCUGCUUCGGAACUCCUCAGCAGAUCCCCAAAUGGGGCUUGUUGGAGACCGAGACCGGGCCCCCAGCUGCGUGACACCUUCACAUCAAAAGUUGUGAUUCUAUUUAUCCACCCAUGUGUUUUUCAAGCAGUCUGUCCCAAGCCUCCAUGCCAACCUUCAGGCCUUUUCUAUUUUAAAAAUUGACUCCUCCCCAAGCUUGGGAAGCUAUCACACUCCGGCUUUUCUACCUCAGUGUUCACUUCUACAACUACAGAGUGGACAGAACAACUUGCCCAGCUGCAAGAGGAAGCCAAAAAAGGGGAAAUGCGCCCUGGAAUCAGGUGCUCGAAGAAAUAGAACGAAGAAAAGACUGCUCUAUAAUCAAGAAUCUCAUGUUCUCUUAAAAGGCAUCACUUGUUGGCUUUUUAAUUGUGGUCCGUCUCCAAUCUCCACCACUGACACACAUCCCACCUAUUUUACAAUGGUUGUGGUGGCCCAGGAAAUGAUGAACAAUUUCAUGGACUUUUCUGUGGACAAAACCACAACUCAUUAUUAAUCUCUCAAACUGUUAUUAUUUUUUUCAUCUUUUCUUUGCUAAAUAGCGGCCUAAUACCAUGUUUGAGAGAAUUACAAAAUGUGUGUCACAGAAGCAAAAAUAGAAUUUUUCCCCUAAAGUACAAACUAUUUGUAGAUACUUUCCGCAACUAUAUCAUAUUAUGCUAUGAUUCACAAAUAUACAAGACCAAAUAUAGACACCUAGUUUAAGAACAAACUGAGCAGGUAUAUAAAUAUUCCUAUUCUCUUUCCAUCUAUUUCAUGACCUUUCUAUUUUAAAAGAAAAUUUUCUUUUUUGCUGCAUAUAACACAGUAGUAAAUCAUAUAUAUAUAUCAUAUAAUCAUAUAUAUAUAUAUAUGUAUUCUGUAUUAUCCCUACAAAGGCAAGGGAUGUUUUCUUUUGCUACCAGUUGCUGUUUGACAUACACCAACCUGAGUAUAUCUAAAGUGUACAAUUUGAAGCACUUCCCACAUGUUAACAUGUAAACACAUUCCCUUAGCUGAGCAUGUCAACAACCAUAAAUGAUUCAUCUUGCCCUACCCAACAUUUCCUCCCCAGACUACCACCAAUCACCUUUCAGCUUACAUCCUGGAAGGCUUCAUAUGAACAGAAUCAUACCACAUGCCCUUUCAGUCUGACUUCUUUCAACUUGUGUAACUAUGUUUGGUUUCAUAUAUCUCCAUCUCGUUGCUUGUAUCAAUUAUUUAUUCUUUAUUUUUUUGUUUGUUUCUUUGUUUAAUGUUGAUUGUCCCUUUAGGGGCAUACUACAAUUUAUUUGUUAUGUUUAUCUGUUAGUGAAAUUUGGAUUGUUUUAGCUUUUGAAUAAUUACAAAUAAAGCUGCUAUGAACUUU